UACAGCCUGUGAGUCGAGUGCAGUGUAUACUUAUGUACGUAGUGCAUUGCGACUGUGGAAGUUUCAACGCUAGGGAGGCGUAAAAAGUGUGCUAUUCUGACGAAACCACUGGAUAUUUAUUUAGCCCUGACACAGUUGCAAGCAGAUCUAGUGAAAGCAAAACAAGAUGUCUUCAAGGAAGAAGGUUUUAUUGAAGGUCAUCAUUCUAGGAGACAGUGGUGUCGGCAAGACCUCGUUGAUGAACCAAUAUGUGAACAAGAAGUUUAGUAACCAGUACAAGGCCACCAUCGGCGCUGACUUCCUGACAAAAGAGGUCAUGGUAGACGACAGACUGGUCACAAUGCAGAUAUGGGACACAGCUGGGCAGGAGAGGUUCCAGAGUCUGGGUGUAGCGUUCUACCGCGGCGCAGACUGCUGCGUCCUCGUCUUUGACGUGACCAAUCAGAAUUCCUUCAAGUCCCUAGACAGCUGGCGUGAUGAGUUUCUGAUCCAAGCCAGCCCCAGAGAUCCUGAGAAUUUCCCCUUCGUCGUACUAGGCAACAAGAUAGACAUGGAGAAUAGACAAGUUUCGACCAAACGGGCGCAGAACUGGUGUGGCAGCAAGAACAACAUCCCUUACUUUGAGACCAGCGCUAAGGAGAGUAUCAACGUGGAGCAGGCCUUCCAGACGAUAGCCAAGAACGCCCUGGCCCAGGAACCCGAGACAGACAUGUACAAUGAUUUCCCCAGCCAGAUCAAACUCACCGAUGACACCAAACAGGAUAAAUCAGGGUGUUCAUGUUGAGGCACCUUGUGGUACCCGUUUCUCCCUAGGUCUAAGCCAAUGAUACGCCUUCAUGCACCCGGUGCAUGGCCGGGUGCCUGGGUGAUGUAUACUUACCAAUACUCUCAGGGGGAUUGUGGGAGGUUCUGCUUUUAAAACGGAUAUAACAAACUACUCACUAAAUUUGAAUCAAUUGCUCAGCCAUUCUUUAGCUGUGGCAAGCUGUUCACAGUGGCUUGAAGAAUAAAUUUUUUCAAAGCUUAGAAAAGACCAUCAAAACUAUCAAUAAAAAUGAGAUAAACGCAGAAAAAUAAAUGACUUUUCUUAAAAAAAAAAGUGAAGUCUUCCAAAAACAAAAAUCUUUCAUUAUCUUGCCAAGAAACAAGCAAUUGAAUGACGAGUAACAUUGAGCUGAAAUCCUCCCAUUUUCCCCCGAUGCUCAUAAUUAUUUUCUCAUUUUUGUCCUGUUUUUGAUUUUUUUUUUUACUCCAGCUAGGCAAGACACAAUAUCUGUAAAUUAGAAGCACUUUGUCAGAUACCUUGUGUGAUGGUAAUGAAUUAAAUACUCUCAACGCUCAUAAUUAUA